CCAUGACACACGUAAACAAAAAUUGACGUUUACUGUCACAAAAAACAACAACAAUUCCAAUUGGCCACAAACGUAGUUUUCUUGAGGAGGCAUAAAAGCAAAAGUAGUUUUCAUUCAAUUUCUCAAGGAAAAUACCGGCACAGAGGAUUUAAAAACAAACUUAAAGGAAAUUUUAAAAUUAUUUAUACACAGUAAAUGCUAGGAGUGUGGCAAUGGCCAAACUAUUGCUGAGUAAAUCCGAUGAAGAGUAUUUGGAAAAAUGUGCAACACAAAUGAAUUUCAGCUAUGGCAUCAUCAUUGGACAGAGAGCUGAACCUGGUAAAUAUAUCGUUGUGCACUUGGCCAAAAACGAUGAAGAAGAAAGCGAUUUCCCCGAUGCCGCCGGUUCAUCUGCUGCCGCUGGUCCACAAAAAGUUGACCAAAUCAAUUUGCAGACCUUAACCAGUCAAUGGCUGAGUGCUAUCAAAAUGAUUCCCGGUUCUUUUAGUAUAUUGGGUAUUUUUGUGGCGGGAGUUAGUAAAAACCUCAUUGAUGAUUCUUCGGAAGAAUUCAAAUCAGCCAAAAGACUGUUCUAUGAUAUGCACAAUUUACUUAAACAAGGACAUCAAUUCAAAAGCACCGAUCACGAUGAAAGCGACUACAUUUUCCUGACAUACUCCAGCACAGCUAAGAAGGCCACAAGUAAAACCUACAACUAUGUUGCAAAGGAAUGCAAGAAAACCUACUUUACAGCACAUAUUAAAUGUGUUUUAUGUGGUGGUUCCUUUUCGCCUAUGGAGUGCCGCUUUGUCGAGAAACCCUUUGAAUGGUACACAUUUGAAUGUAACUAUGAAUUGAAUGAUGUUUUCCCCAUUUUGGAUGCCUCGGAAAAGAUCAACAUUGAAGUGCAAUUCCAAAAGACCAUUGAUACGGUACGCAGCAGCCUCAAUGCAAGUGAGAUUUUCCUACAAAAUGAAUGUGUCGAUGAUGGCCAAAUAUUGGAAACCUAUAUCAAACAAUCGCGUCAAGGACAAAGAAAGUCCACGGCUGCCGUUGAGAGUUUUAAAGCUACCAUAUUCUUACCUGUUAAGUGCCAAGAGACCAAAGGUAAUCGUGUACAUAUUAAGGAAUUCAAUGGUACCAUACGGCUUUCCGGUGUUGUUUCGUCACGAGUGUGGUGUAAUCCCAAGAACACAAUAGGCGAUGUGAAACGUUUUAUACGCGAAGAUGUUAUACGAUCUCUGAUGGCCCGCAUACAGGUCUAUUGUGAUGGUCUGACAGAGCCCAAUAUCAGCAAUGAUGCCAUCUUCAUUUCAGAACCACCACGCCGAGUUUACUUCAACGUAAGCACGACUGGUCAAAAACCCAUACAAUUUAGCGAUUAUAUAUUCCGUGGUGAAGCACCAACCGUGGCCGCGGCCCAGGCCAAACAGAUACUUGAUUUAGACAUUUCCAGCGACAGUAUAAUGGCCGAUCUGGAGGGUGUGCCCGAGGAUGAGACCUUCAGCGACACUUCUUUUGAGAUGCAGACUGACAAACAAAACAUGCAGAAAUUAGCUGCCGAUACUGCCACCAAUAGGGAUCUCACUCGUACCAUGUAUAUGCUGGGCAUUUCAGUAUCCCUGCUGGUAUUGGUGAUAGCAAUUUUUGUGCACUAUUUCAUGAAAUGAAAUUAACCAUGAACUGGUCUAGCCUGGUUUCGGUGGAAGAAGUUAACAUCACCCUGUUCACAUACUGUACUUGUUGGUAAAAUGCGUUUAUCUUGUUUUUUAUUAACUUUUUUACUUAACUGUAUGAUGUACUUUUGUAUUUUGUUUAAUUUUUUUUUAUAAAUUAUUUUUUGUACUGUCCCUUUUUUAAAUUAUAGAAACAAAAAAAAAAACCAAAAACAAAAACAUUUUGAGGAAAAAACGAAAAUUGUUUAAAUCCAUUAUAAUGGUUUGGCAAUAGUUAAACAAAAUAUAUUAAAAUCGUAGAUAAAUAAAAUGAGAGAAAACACAC